AUGGAGGGAUUGGAGUAUCCUCAGAUUAUGAUAUCUUCCAUCAAAGAAUUGAAUGAGCCAGACUGGGAUGGUUUGAAACCCAAAUUGGAUUUAGCUGGUCAAGAAGACAAAAUUGAGAGAGAGGCAAAGAAAGAAGAGUUGAAAACGGAGAGUGUCGAAUAUCAUCGACAAAAGCGAUACUGGAGCAAAGCGAAGUGGCAUGUGCAUUCGCUGAUUAUGGAGUCAUUUGUUACCAGUAAAAUGAAGGACAAGAUUCUGCAGGAGGUCGAUUACAAUGAGAAAAUCGAGGGUGAUCCUAUUGAAUUAUUGAGACGCAUCAAUAAAUUUAUGACGACCAGUGAUGUGACAGACUGGGAACCCAUUACAUUGUGGGAAGCACUACAGAAGUGGGUGAAUUGUCGUCAGAAAGGAAAUGAAACGGUGAUUGAAUACCGUAAACGAUUUGAAGAAUGCGCAACUACAGUAUUAUCUUUCAUGGGUGAUUCGUGGCUAGAUGUGUUUGCCUCGAAAACGACCGCAUAUCAUGAGAUUGAAAACAAUCAUCCGACUAAUGGCUUGUCGGAUAGAGAAAAGAAGCGAGUUGCCGCAGAAGUCGAAGCACUUCAAGAAGAAUUUCAGGAAGAGUUUGUAAAGUUAUUCUGCGCUGCUGGGUUAUUGCACAACUGUGAUCGUGCACGAUACCAGCCGGUACUUGAUCAUUUUGUUACUGCAUACGCUGUGGAGCACGUGGAUUAUGCUCAGCGAGACUUGUUCCCAAGAGAUGUGGAAACUGCAGCCAAGGCGCUACACAAUCAUUGGGUAAAGAAAACAACAACACCGAAACAUAACAACAACAACAACACAAAUGAAAAGCGAACACACCACAGAACGGUACUAACCUUGCACAGGAUUACAACAAGGGGAGUAAGCGUAAAUGUUUUUGCUGUGGUAUGGCGGAUCAUGUUGCACCGCGAUGUGAACAUCGAUUCCGACCCAAGGAACAAUGGAAAGAUCCGACAAAAUGGAGAUCGUAUCCCAGGAAUGAAUCGGGACGCGAACAGGUACACCUGCAGACAAGCACCGAGGAGGGAUCUGUGCAGUCAAGUGUGA